UGGCGCAGUGAAGUGUUCGCUCGUGCCUAUGUAUCUUGGUGUGUAAACCUGGUAACUAUAUUUAACUAUCUUAAGUGUACCUAACCUGUGCAUUUUGGUGUGUGAACCUGGUGACUAUAUAUAGCUGUAUUAAUUAGUGUACCUAACCUGCGCAUCUUGGUGUGUGAACCUGGUGACUAUAUAUAGCCGUAUUAAGCGUACAGCAACUGGGAACACUUCCGAGCUGCGUCAUCGUGCACAUCCCACAAGAUGGCCGGCACAGGUGCUAUUGCCGGCACCGCUCCUGCUGUACCAGCUGUCACUAUGGACGACAAAAUCAUUAGAAUUUACCGCAACAUUGUCGGUAACUUGGACCUGAGCCCCAGGGUCAUGCAGUCCACGCUAGACAAGGAGUGUGACGACAAACGAAGCAACGAGACCUACAGGCAAUUGAUGGAACGGAGACGUGGAAGUGCUUACAGCAACAGAGAGUGGAAAAAUCUAAUGGGAUUUUCAUCAAAAAUUCUAGAAGAUUCGAAAAAUCCCACCACUCUAGAUGUCACGCCGCUCUUCCUUCUCCUCACAAAACUUUUUGAUCUCGGUAAGGGUGGCACCGUCAGGGAUUCUGCAGCGUUGCUCGCCAAGUUGCGCGCCGUCAAGGAGCUGCGCAAUGACGUCAUGCACGACUUGCACAACACAGUCGACGCGCAGAAAUUCACUGAUUUGACAGCAGCGCUAGAGGAGCUGGUGCGGGAAGCGGGGAGGUUCUAUGCUCUUCCCCAGACAGAUGUUGAUGCCGAGGUACGAAACCUCAAAAAAGAAAUCGAAAAAGUGAAAAGAAUGGACAGCCAAAACAUUUAUUACUGGUGUACGAAGUUGACACUGAGCGGUAAACAAGCCGUGAGACUUCUCUGGGAGGCCAGGCUUAAGCAUGAGAAACUUUUGCUGAAAGAGGAUACGGUUCAACGUCAGGCCGUGUUCCACGCCCUCGACAUCAAUGUGAGAGAAGACGGCGGAGAGAAAAUAGUUUCCUACACCAAAAUAUUUGAAGCUCAAAACAAGGUCAUGGUUGUAACAGGCGUUGCCGGCGCAGGUAAAACAACCCUCGUCAAAAACAUCGUACUGCAGUUUUUUAUCCCUCAGCCUGGGGUUACUGAUUACUUGAGGUCUUUUACCCAAAUCAUCUUCUUCGAGUGCAGAGAUCGCUCCACACCAAACCUGAGUGACGUCAUCCAGCAGCACUACGAAGACCUGUGCACCGAACUAGGGAAAGAAAAUGUCCUCAUGGCUCUCCGGCGUCUCGAUGUCUUAUUCAUCAUCGAUGGGUUCGAUGAAGUCAACAAAGUUUCUAAAAAAGUCGUAACAGAGAUUUUUGAGAAGACUUGGGGCACCAACUGUCGUGUGUUGAUCACGACUCGUCCUCAUGCCGUGAAAGAGAAGCUGGAAUCGCUGCUGAAGCCCUACGAUGUCAGCUUUAAUCGGUACGAGAUCAUGCCGCUCAAGAAGCUUGCCGAACAACUUGAAUUCUUGAGGCGGUAUGAAGAGUCUUUGAGUGACGGCACUUCGACUGGGGACAUGAUGAGGAGCUUCGAGUUUCUCACUGAAGAUGUCAGAAGUCAAUUCUGUGAACCCAUCAACUUGGUUCAUUUCUGUGGGAUGCAUAGGCAUCUCCCUGAAGAGAUAUCCUCGUGGCGGACGCCCGGGGACGUAGCGCCUUCUAAGCUACGCCUGUACAGGAAGCUCAUCCAAAAUAAACUAGCGGGCGUGAUUGAAAAGGACUUGGACGUCCUGGUGGACGACAUGUUCGCUCUGGUCGGGGCUGAAGCGGUAAAGUUGCUCCGUGACAAUGUCGUGACUCUCUCAGAGGCAGAGUUUUGUGCCAUGAAGCGUAAGUGUCAAGUUGAAUUGAAGGGUGAUGACGAGGUCGAUCCUGCAGUUGUACUCUCAGUGGUGCUGAAGGAGAACAAACCUUUAAGUUUGAACAGUAGUUCAAGCUAUGAAUUCAAGCACAAGAGUGAGCAGGAAAUGUUCGCUGGUCAUAACAUCGUUCAGCGCAUCAUUGGAGGGAGCGCCGACCCUCUCAACAGCAUCCUGGGAGUCCCUACGGAGGAAAUGUCAAGGCUGCUGGAAGUGUUGCUGUACGUGGUGGCGGCCCUCAGUAGGGACAGCCCCCGCCAACUCACGGAUUGGUGGCCGCAGCUGAAGGAGGCCCUAAGGGAGGCCCAGGUCACCGGCGUCCGCGAUGUGAUGGACUGCGUCGCACGCUGCCCUGACGCUGGGAUAUUGGCCGACCUCGUCGGGGGCGUGAGCUGGAACGUCAAGGAAGGUCGCCAUGUGGCCGUUGUACCUCUCUUGCUGCGACAUGGUCGUCCAUCUCGUGUGGAGGUGCGCAUGAAGGCCGAGGCCCUGAGGGGGGCGCCGUGGGGGGCGCUCGUGGCGGCUGCGAGGGGCGUUGAGGUCGAGCUGAGGCUCCGCUCCUACGACGACUAUGGCUAUGAGCCUCACGACGACCUCGUCAAGCCACUGCGCAACAGCGGGGUGAAGCUGGUGAGGUUCAUCGGCUGCGUGGGCACCGAUGCUGGAGCGGCCGCCAUCGCGUCGGUGGCCCAGGACGCUGUCCUCUACAUCCACUUGGCGGCGCCCCUGGACCUCAGCGCCCUCGGGGGGACUUACGAGCUCCUCAGGGUGUGCACGCGCCCCCUCCCGCACAUUGGCCCCUCGUUGCCGCUGCCCCCCUCCCCCCCGCCAUGGCUGGUCGUGGAGGGGGCGGAUGAGGGGUCCUGGGGGGCCGUGGCCCAAACUAUCACCUCCCUCGCCCCCCCUGGCAAGAGGUUUGUGGGGCUGUCGUUGCAGGGCUGCAGACUGAAUGCCGCAGACCUGCCGCCACUGCUGCAGGCCCUGAUAGAAGAGGGCGUCUGGGCGGGCUACGAGGGCGACACGCGGGGCGAGGGUGACACGCGGGCCGUGGUUGACUGGAGGUACAGGGUUGUUCGCCUCUUCAUCACGGGUCGCAUGCCCUCGGAAGGGCCGAAGGUGCCCAGUGACGAUGAACUGCGACGCCUGCGCUGACGAGGACAAUAAUAUGUGUUUUAUGUGGAAUUAAUGAGACUGUGUGUGUUUUGUGUGGGAUUAAUGAUGCUUUGUAUUUGUUUCGAAUAAAGUUAUUGAGAAUGCGUGUGUGUUUUAUGUAGGAUUAUUGAGACUGUGUGUUUUGUGUGGGAUUAAUGAGGCUGUGCCUCAUGUAAAAGAGCCUGCAGCAUUAAAAAAGAGAGAGCCUGCAGCAUUAAAAAUAUUAAUGCUGUUGUCAGUCCUUUUCAUUUGCCUGCAGAUCAAAGCAAGGCUAUUUUUUGCUUGCGAUGGAACACACCUGGGCGUACAGCUUACUUCUGUUAAUCUACAUUUUCUGAGGGUAGAGCUCAUUCAAUUGCAAACUUCAUUUCCAAAACUAAUUUAUCUGUUUAUCGUCAUUCUUGAAUUAAUUCUUUGGUAACGUGCAAUUCGAAGAUAAGAGUAGAAAAAUUCAGUAGAUCAAUUGUUGCCGUAACUUUUGGUUUUUAAGUUUUAAAAUACUUAAUACUUGGUUUGGUUUCCCCCUCAUU